CGUACAUGAGCUCUAAGAACUUUAAUUACCCCUCAAAUAUCAGUUCUAUAAAAGCUAAUACUGAUGAUAACAUGUUAUUAACUUAUUAUAUUAUAUUUGUCACCUCCCUUUCUUUCUAUCCACCUCCUUGUUAAAAUUUUUUGCAAGUCAUGUCCUCCACGGAAAGUAACAUUUUAGUGAGGAUUUUGGUCCUCCUGUGUUUCUCUCUUACCAUAACUAGAGGCAACACCAUAUCUGCAAACCAGUCUCUAUCAGGAAACCAAACGAUGAUAUCAGAAAGAGAAAAGUUCGAACUGGGUUUCUUCAAAGCGGGUAACUCUUCAAAUUAUUACGUAGGCAUUUGGUAUAAAAAGGUAUUUUCCAAUCCUCCCACCAUUGUUUGGGUGGCUAACCGAGAAACACCAGUCUCUGAUAUAUUCCAAUCAGAAUUAAAAAUCAUAAAUGGUAACUUAGUGCUCUUAAAUGAGUCCAAGUUCCAGAUAUGGUCCACAAACGUCACCACCACUUCUACUUCUUCAAUAGCUGUUCUUCUUGAUGAUGGUAACUUAGUUUUGAGAGACCGCUCAAAUUUAGUUGAAUCUGUAAUUUGGCAAAGUUUUGACCACCCAACUCAUACUUGGUUGCCUGGUGCUAAAUUUGGUUAUGAUAAUAGAACAAAAAAGAGCCAGCGUCUUACAUCAUGGAGAAGCAACGAAGAUCCUGGUGUAGGACUCUUCUCUUUGGAGCUUAAUCGGUCUAGUAAUGAGUAUUUAAGCAAGUGGAAUGGGUCUCAGCAAUAUUGGACGACUGGGAUUUGGAAUGGGAAAUCAUUCGACUUACUCCCUGAAAUGAGGCUGAAUUACCUUUUUAAUUUCAGCUACCAUAUGAAUGAGAACGAAAGCUACGUCAUUUAUUUUGUGUAUGAUCCUUCCAUUAUAACUAGGUUUGUAAUGGAUGUUUCUGGUCAAGUUCAGCAACUAGCAUGGAUGGAGACUGGCAAAGACUGGAAUUUAUUGUGGUCUCAACCUAAAACACGUUGUGAUGUGUAUGCUUUGUGUGGGGCUUUUGGGAUUUGCAGGCAGACUAGAUUCCAAUUCUGUAAUUGCUUGACUGGCUUCAAACCUAGAUCAGAGAUUGAUUGGGAUCAGAGUGAUUUCUCCGGUGGGUGUGUGAGAAAAACUGAUUUGCAGUGUGGUGGGAACAUGGAAAAGGCUGAUUUUGUCAUGAUUAAAGCCGACAACCCAUCUCCAAAUAACUCUAUGGCAGUUGGGAGUGCUGGAGAAUGUCGUACAAUCUGUUUGAACAAUUGCUCCUGUAAUGCUUACACUUUUGUCGACAAUCAGUGUUUACUUUGGGAUGGAGAUCUCUUGAACUUCUCGGAAGACAAUAAUAGCGGGAAACCAGUUUAUGUCAAAGUCGCUUCUAAAGAUCUUCCAUAUCAUAAAAAGAGCGAUUGGGUCAUUGUGGGUUCCAUUGCAUGUGGGGUUUUUCUCGCGGGUCUAAUUUUGGUUUUAAUUUAUAGAAAAAAGAGAUUCUCAGUUGGAAAGACGACAACGGAGGGAUCAUUGGUGGCGUUCGCCUACAGAGAUUUAAAAACAGCCACCAAAAAUUUCUCGGACAAAUUAGGAGGAGGCGGUUUUGGCUCGGUUUUUAAGGGGGUACUGCAUGAUUCCUCCAUUGUAGCAGUGAAAAAGCUUGAAAGCAUUAGCCAAGGAGAGAAGCAAUUCAGGAGCGAAGUUAGCACAAUGGGUAUAAUCCAACAUGUUCAUCUUGUACGCCUUCGUGGGUUUUGUGCAGAAGGAAACAAUAAGUUAUUGGUGUAUGAUUACAUGGAAAAAGGUUCUCUAGAUAGCCAUCUUUUCAACGAAAAACAACUUCUUCUAAACUGGAAAACAAGGUACCAGAUCGCACUUGGAACUGCAAAAGGAUUGGUUUAUCUUCACGAGAAGUGCAGAGACUGUAUAAUUCACUGUGACAUAAAGCCAGAUAACAUUCUUUUAGAUGCAGAUUUCCAACCAAAAAUUGCUGAUUUUGGUCUAGCGAAGCUUGUUGGUCGAGACUUUAGUAGGGUUUUGACAACUACAAGGGGAUCAAUAGGGUAUCUAGCGCCAGAAUGGAUAUCCGGGGUGGCUAUCACAGCUAAAGCAGAUGUUUAUAGCUAUGGAAUGAUGCUUUUUGAAUUAGUCCAUGGAAAGCGAAAUAUAAGGCAUUGUGAAGAUUCAAGGAGUACAUUCUUCCCAGGUUUGGUUGCAAAUGUUCUUCUGGAGGGAGGUGAUAUCUUUAGCCUGUUAGACACAAGGUUAAACAGGGAAGCUUGUGUGGAAGAAGUGACAAACAUUUGCAAAGUUGCGUGUUGGUGCAUUCAAGAUGAGGCAGAGAGUAGGCCUGCCAUGAGUAUGGUGGAACGGAUUCUUGAAGGGGUUUCAGAUGUGAGCAUGCCUCCGAUCCCUCAAAUUGUCACUUUAUUUGAUGAGAACAUUCAAGGGGAUGUUGUUUUCUUCACUGAUUCACCCUCAAAUAGGUGUUCACUAGUGCGGAGCAGUUCUUCGGGUGGUGACUCCCAGUCGAAGAGCUCAUCUUCUUGAAGUAAUUAUGUUUAUCUUUUCUGUUAUGUUCACAUUCGAUAAUGUAUCGUGUGAUAAAAAUGCUACACCUCUACAAAAAUGAACUUUUUUUGGAGAAAUAUGUUUCAAGAAUGAUGAUUUCUUAGCGUUUA